AUGUCGUGCUCUAUAUCGCGAAGCUGCUUGAAGCAGCUGACACGGGACCCUCUGAGAGGGAGCUCGCUCCCUGUGUUCCUGGCACCGGCUUUCUCCCGCCCUCUUCGAGCGCAAUGCUUCUCGUCGACGUCGCCGGCCCAGUCCCGUAUUGGCGGCGCUCCGGUCUCAGUACCACCGGAAGUGUCUCUUCAAUUCAUCAAUAUCCGGAAUCCUAAAGUGCGAGGCCGGGGAAAAGAGAUCCCAAAUACUGCUAUUGAAAUCAAGGGGCCAUUGGGCGAAAUAACCAUGAAACUUCCUCCCUUUGUUGAUGUCGCCCACGACGAGGCCACGCACAAGGCUUCUGUCUCGAUUUUGGAUCCGUUGAUUCCGCACCAGCGUGCCAUGUGGGGAACGGCCCGCGCACAACUGCAGAACCAUAUCCUUGGAGUCUCGGAAGGACACAUCUGUAUUCUCAGUCUGGUUGGUGUGGGUUACCGAGCCAUGAUCGAGUCCACCGCGACCACUAUCAAACCCGAGUUCCCUGGCCAGCAGUUCGUGUCUCUCAAGCUCGGAUUCUCGCACCCCAUCGAAUUGGGAAUUCCCAAGGGGGUCAAAGCUAGCACUCCCCAGCCUACGCGUAUCCUACUGGAGAGCGUUGACAAGGUGGCCGUGACGCAGUUUGCUGCUAGAAUCAGAGCGUGGAGGCAGCCGGAGCCGUACAAGGGCAAGGGUAUCUUCGUCAACGGGGAGACCAUCAAGCUCAAGGCAAAGAAGAUCAAAUAA